AAAAGAUUCUUUAAAACAGUUUACAAACAAACUUGUAUAUUUUAUUUUCAAUGGAAUUGUUUAAAUUACUUGUAUUUCUUUGUAGUUUAAUUUAUUACAAAGUUAAAACGUUCAAUCAAGAAAAAUAUUUCAAUGCUCAAGAUAUUUUAUACCAAUCAGUUAUGACUGAACUUGAAGAAGAUGAACACUAUAGCGAGUUGCAAGAAAUUCUUAAGAGUACUUUAAAGGAUAAACAAUCUAAUGACGUUUGCCGGAAAAAAAUUAUUAUCGUUGGUGCAGGAAUAUCUGGCUUGAUAAGCGCCCUGACUCUAAAAAAGAACGGUUGUAAGGUGAAAAUUCUGGAGGCAUCAAACAGAAUUGGUGGUCGAAUCUAUUCGAAGAAAUAUUGGAAUAGUACUUUUGAAUUUGGAGCAUGGCAAUUUCCAACUUCUCAUAAAUUAAUUAAUAUUCUAAUAAACCAUACAAAACUACCUAAAAGACUGUUAAGACAAGAUAAUCAUAACAAUUAUUUUUAUAUUGAUAAGAGAGUUAUAAAAUUGGACACUAUACUCCAACACGGAAAUGAAUAUUCAAAUAAGUUCUUGAAGAGUGCAGAGAUUGUUAAACUUAUUUUAAAGCCUUUAUUAAACGAAAUUAAUAGGAUUGGUUGGAGGAAAUUUGUUAAAAUAUAUGAUAGAUAUUCAACAAAAGAUAUAUUCUUAAGAAAAAUUAAUCGGGAAACUUUUGAAUAUCUAAAAAAAUUUAUAUGGUUAAACACAUUUGAAGAUAGAAGCAUAAUUCAGUAUCUAAGAACUUAUGCACUUCGGCGAAAAACUAUGAAAUACUAUCAAAUUAUUGGUGGUAAUGAUAAAUUAGUAAAAUAUCUCUCUAGAGAACUUAUUGAAGAAAUUCAAUUAGAGUCUAAUGUUCUGGGAAUUAGAAAGUUUUUUAACAAAUUCUUAAUAACUACUAAUCAGUCUAAAAGCGCAAUAUGCUGUCAAAGAAUAGAAUAUCUAGCUGAUCAUGUCAUAGUUACUGUUUCGGGAACAGCUUCGAAAUAUAUUAACUUCGACAGACAGUUUUCAAAGCAAGUCGAGCCAAUAAGAUCUUUAUCGUAUGUUAAAGAGGCAAGAAUAGCUAUUAAAUGUAGGUAUCCUAUAUGGCAUGAUAUUGGUAUAACUGGUGGUCUGAGUCGUUUAGAAAAUCAUACUUUUGUCGUAUAUCCUUCGGAUAGUUUGUCUACUGAAUUCUAUGUAAAAAUGCUCUACUAUCACGAUAAUUUUCAUAAAAAAGAAUUUAUCGUUAAAUCCUUUAGGGAAUUAAGAGAAAUUCAUGGAAAUUCCUUUACAAAAUAUUGUACCAAGUACAUAAUACACGUCUGGGAAAAUGAAAUUUAUCAAAAAUCAGCAUUUGGUUUAUUUAAACCUGGACAAGAAGUAAUUCAAAAACAAAUUCUAUCAAUGAAUGGUAAUUUAUGGUUUGGAGGUGAGCACACUUCCGAAAUAAGGGGAUGGGUUGAAGGAGCUCUGAUCUCUGGAUUAAGAAUAGCUAAAAGAAUUCUUGAUAUAUAUGACCAAUAACUCUUCCUGCCUAUGACUAUUAUAUUUUUUAUAGCAGAAAAACUAACGGAUGUUGUCUCGAUAAUUCACUUUCCAAUACAAACUUGUGAAUCAUCUGUU